ACGGAUCAUCAGGACUACUGUGAGGUAUGUCAGCAAGGUGGUGAGAUUAUUCUGUGCGAUACCUGCCCGAAAGCGUACCAUUUGGUGUGUAUCGACCCGGAUCUCGAAGAACCUCCCGAGGGACGGUGGUCGUGUCCAACGUGUGAGGCAUCCGGAAUACCGCAAAAGGAAGAUGAAGAAGAGAAAGCAGUGAAAACAAACAUGGAAUACUGUCGUAUAUUGAUAUUGAAGGAUGUUGGGUGGUUGUUGUGUUGCGAUACGUGUCCAAGUUCGUAUCACGCGUACUGUUUGAAUCCACCGCUAACAGAAGUACCCGAAGGCGAGUGGUCAUGCCCGAGAUGUUUGUGUCCUGAACCGAAGAACAGACCUGAGAAGGUGUUGUCGUGGCGUUGGGUGGAACUCGAGUAUCCACCACCGAUGACUGAAGAAGAACAAAAGGUUUUGAUUUUGAUUUGA